AUGGGCACCGAGAAUAAAGGCCCAAAGCCAGAUUGCCAGAAGCAGUUCCAGGCCGCGGUCAGCGUCAUUCAGAGCUUGCCCAAGAAUGGCUCUUACCACCCCUCCUACGAAGAGAUGCUGCGAUUCUACAGCUACUACAAACAGGCUACCAUGGGGCCCUGCCUGGUUCCCCGACCUGGUUUCUGGGACCCCAUUGGACGCUAUAAGUGGGAUGCCUGGAACAGCCUGGGCAAGAUGAGCAGGGAGGAGGCCAUGUCUGCCUACAUCGCUGAGAUGAAGGUGGUGGCGCAGAAGGUGAUCGACACAGUGCCACUGGGUGAGGUGGCAGAGGACAUGUUUGGUUACUUCGAGCCCCUGUACCAGGUGAUCCCUGACAUGCCAAGGCCUCCGGAAACCUUCCUGAGAAGAGUCACAGGUCAGAAAGAGCGAGUACUGAAUGGAGAUGUUGGGGCUGACCGGGAGCCUCCCUGCGCCCCCAAGGAAGCAGCCCAUCCAAGUCCAGAGUCCCAGCCACCCAGGGAUCUGGACUCCGAGGUUUUCUGUGAUUCCCUGGAGCAGCUGGAGCCAGAGCUGGUGAGACCACCCCCAUUCUCCCCCUUCCCUGCCUCCAUGGUGCCCUGGCUGCUUCCACCCACCCUCGGGCCUUGGCCUUGUGACUCCUCUCAACAGGUCUGCACAGAGCAGAGCGGAGCACCUGCAGAAGUGCCUGAUGCCAGAACCAGCCCUGGCUCCCCUAGAGAAAAAGAGGGCUUGGGGGGCAGUCUGCUGGGACCCCAGGCAUUGGACAUGUGGCUGGUGGGGACAGUUCGGGCGCUGCAGGAGAGUAUGCGAGAUGUCCAGGGGAGACUGCAGAGCCUGGAAAGUAUGCCCCACCUCCACAAGCAGAGGCCCCCACGCAGUGCACGGCCUUGGCCCCUCAGGCUCUCAGGUCCCACGCUGCUCUUCUUCCUCCUGUGGCCGUUCUUUGUCCAGUGGCUCUUCAGACAGUUUCGGACCCAGAAGAGGUGA